CAUAUGGCGGCGCCAUUAGGGCUGGAUACUCACUCUGCUUUUUCUCCGCAUAAAGUGGAGACCAAGUCUAGCAUCUGUGCCUGGAUCGCCUGCUUUUUUCCUGUCCGGGUUUCUGCUUACGUUGUUGCCGCUGCGCGGCAUCGACAUUGUAGCUGAAAAACUCGACACCACUACAUUAUGCAUGUCAGUAUGGGGGUAUUGCUAUGGUGAAGACAUGUCUGAAUCAAGGAGCAGAUUUAUAUGCCAGGAGAACGGACAAUGCAUCUGUUUUACAUUCUGCUUGUACUGGUAUCCACGACGAUGUCUUGACUUUUUUACUGGAGAAAGGAUUGAAAAUUGAAGAUAAAGAUAAGAAUUCAUAUACACCAUUACAUUACGCUACUUAUCAUGGCAAGAACAUAGAAGUCGUGAAUGUUUUACUCAGAAACAAUUGUAACAUUGAAGCAAAGUCAUCGGAUGGGGAGACAGCUUUGUUUCUAGCAAGCUGGAAAGGAAACGCUGACAUCGUCAGACUGCUCAUCCAAUCAGGCGCCAAUCUAGGAGUCACGGCAGAAGGAAAGUCUUGUGUUGAUAUUGCGCUGGAAUGAAAUCAUGAAGAGACUGUAAAAAUACUCCGUGCUGCAAUAAGGGAGAAAAUGAACUGAAGAUGCACAACACAUAUAUCAACUUGGUGUAAAAUGAAGCCAUCUUCGAUUUAUGGUGCUGAAUGAUUUAACGCUAAUUUGUUUUCAACAUCAGUUAAGUCUAAAUGUAUUGAAAUAUUAGCAUAAAUAUUUCAACAACAAUGACAGGUCUCAUGCCACUAAUCAAUCAAUGGCUGCUCGUAGCCCCUCAAUUUAAAUGCCUUGCAAGAAUCAAUGAAAUGUUUUAAAUAUUUUUUUUCUCAGGUGCUUCCUGUUGCGUGAUCACCUGGGUCAAAGGUGAGACCAACUUGUGG